AUGAAGAGAAACAACGCAGUCCCAAAGAAUCAUUUCCAAAAAACUUCUAAAGUUAUUAAAACAAGAUUCAAUCAGCCAACUAAAGCUAUUAAAAGAAGGGAAGUCAGGGAAGAGAAAAUGGUAAAAUUAGCAGUUACCCCAUUGACAAAACUAAGACCAGUGGUUAGAUGCCCAACUAUUCGUUAUAACAGAAAAGUCAGACUUGGAAGAGGAUUUACACCAGAAGAAUGUAAUUCAGCGGGUAUUCAUUAUCUGGAAGCUAGAACUCUUGGAAUUAGUGUUGAUUUACGAAGAAAGAAUCAAAAUGAAGAAGCUUUUGAUAGAAAUGUUGAACGUAUCAAAGAGUAUCUUAGUAAGGUAACAGUUUACAAGAAUAAAACUGAAGCUAUUGCUUCUGGAGCAUAUCAACACCAUGGUGUGAUUAUGCCAGUCUUUAAUGAAAAGAAGGUUAAAUUAAUUUCAACCGGUGAAGUACAAAAUGAGCAAUAA